CCUGCAGAUGAGAAAAGGCUCUUGCAUGACUAUGGUAUUCAAGAGAUCGCAACUGUGUCAGGAAACUCGUCACUGAAGUACUCUUGGAAAACUACAGAUCCAUUUGUAGCUGUUAAGCAUAGGUGUCUUCUGAAUUCUCACUAUGUCUGAUGGGGACUAUGAUUACCUCAUAAAAUUUCUAGCACUUGGUGAUUCUGGAGUAGGAAAGACCAGCCUUCUUUACCAGUAUACAGAUGGCAAAUUUAAUUCCAAAUUCAUCACAACGGUGGGCAUUGACUUUCGAGAAAAGAGAGUGGUGUAUAGACCCAAUGGGCCAGAUGGGGUUGGUGGCAGAGGGCAAAGGAUACAUCUUCAGCUCUGGGAUACUGCAGGGCAGGAAAGGUUUCGUAGCUUGACAACAGCUUUCUUCAGAGAUGCCAUGGGGUUUCUUCUACUCUUUGAUCUGACAAAUGAGCAAAGCUUCCUGAAUGUCAGGAACUGGAUAAGUCAGCUACAAAUGCAUGCAUACUGUGAAAACCCUGACAUUGUAUUAUGUGGAAACAAGAGUGAUCUAGAAGACCAGAGAAUGGUGAAAGAAGAAGAGGCUAAGGAACUUGCAGAAAAGUAUGGAAUACCGUAUUUCGAAACCAGUGCGGCUAACGGGAAUAAUGUCAGCAAAGCCAUUGAAACUCUGCUUGACCUCAUUAUGAAGCGCAUGGAACGGUGUGUGGAUAAAUCGUGGAUCCCAGAAGGGGUAGUGCGCUCCAAUGGGCACAGCUCUACAGAACAACUGAAUGAGGAGCAAGAAAAAGGCAAAUGUAGCUGUUAAGUUAGCCAUGAUUUAGAGUAUGUGAUAAAGUAUAGUACAGUUGCAGCUUAACUGUUUCAUGUAGGGACAAAUCACACUGUGUAGUUAUUUCAUG